AUGGCAGAAAAGGCGGAAAAGUCCGAGAAGAAGCAGCUUGCGGUGGCCGCCGACAAGCUGUACGUUACCGUUGCGAAUGCCUCUCGGGACGAGCAAAGCGGCGCGCGCAGCAAGACUUUCGGACAAGAGCAGCUCAUGGCACAUGCUGGCCUCGAAAGUCCAAAGGAGCUCAUGGCACUCGUACAGUACCUCACCAACGAGAACCUAUUCCGCACAUUGAGGGUAGAGAAGAAGCUGGUAUGGAGCGCCAGACCUCGCGAAGCCGCCCGGCAGAUUUCUGCCCUCGAUCGCGAUGAGAAGCUCAUAUACGAAGUCAUCGAAGAGUCGCACACUCAGGGAACAUGGGCGAGGUUUGUGAAGCAAAAGACAAACAUUACUCCGAAUGCGGUCACGAAGGCGCUGGCAAAGAUGGAGAAGAGCAUGCUCAUCAAGAGUAUAAAGAGCGUAAAGAACCCGCUUCAGAAGACCUACAUGCUGUAUCACUUGGUGCCGAGCGAGGAUGUUACGGGUAAUAGCUUCUUCGACGCCGGAGACCUGGAUGAGAGCUUCCGGGAUGAGCUGAUGAAUCUCAUCGUUUUCUGGGUCCGUCAGCAGAGCUGGGCGGAUGGCAAGAAGACGUCACGUCGCCGAGGUCCAGAUUCACCAAUUCUUGUGGCAGAGGAUGCAGACUCUGCGAAUAAGAAGCGCAAGCGUGCGACCGACAUCGAGGAGCUGCCUUUGGGUACCAAGCGGCGCUCACUCAAGUUCGAUCCCGAGACAGACUUCACGCAGCUCAUCUUCCGUGCUGGCUCGCACAAAUAUCCCACAGCCGAGGACAUCCACGAGUUUGUCAUCACUUCCGAUGCCAUCAAAGCCACGAAGGGCUCUACAUUGACCGCCCAGGAGAUUAAGGGUCUGCUGGACGUCUUGGUCUGGGACGACAAACUCGAGAAGGUGCCCAAUAGCGAAGGCUCAUGGGGCUACAGGACAGUGCGUGGUGUGACUUUCAAGCCUCCAGGAGCGAUGUAUGAUGAGUACGAAGAGCAUGCUGGGAACGGGCUCACGCAGGCACCCUGUGGUCGUUGCCCGGUAUUCGAUCUUUGUCAUGAGGAUAGUCCGGUCAACCCUGCGGAGUGUGUGUACUUUUCGAAAUGGCUGGAACGUUGA